UGCGUUGAACACAAAAUGGCGAAGCACGCUGGCAGAAAAAGUCCAGAUUUUGAACGCCCCGACAUGAGCGAAGAUUCAGAUCGGCUCAAAAAGCCUGAUGAACAACAUGAUUUAAACGAUCUGAGGAUUGUCCUGCUGGGAGUCUCUGGUGCUGGAAAGAGUCCAACAGCAAAUGCAAUACUGGAUCGAGAGGCAUUUAAAGAAAGCAGAACCAGAGAGAGUGAGAUACAGAGAGGAAGAGUAGAAGACAGAAACAUCUCCAUCAUCGACACUCCAGGAUUCUUCAACUCUCAGCUGACUGAUGAAGAGCUGCAGAAGCAGAUGAUGAAGAGCCUGUAUCUCUCCGGUCCUGGUCCUCACGUGUUCCUGCUCAUCCUCGACCUGGAGACGUGCAGAGAGGAGCCGAGGAACGUUGUGGAGCAAAUCCAGGAGUACUUUGGAGAGCAAGCUAUGAGGUUCACUAUGGUGUUGUUCAUUGGAAGAGAAAAAAUAUCCAAAAAAGAAUGGAUUCAAAUCAUUGAGAGUGAAAAUAUUAAAGAGCUGCUGAACUACUUUGAGGGAAGAUAUCAAGUGAUAAACAGCAAAAGUGAAUGUGAUUCCUACCAGAUCACAAUGCUCUUAAAGAGUAUUGAUGAAAUGGUGAAGAACAAUGGAGGACAGAAAUACAGCCAUGAGAUCUACCUGAAGGAAGAUCUCAGGAAACAGAUGGAAAGUCAGGAAGAGAUGGAAGGACUGAUACAGAAGAUUGCUAGAGAAAGAUCACGUAUAAAAUUGGAUCUGAGGAUUGUGCUGUUGGGUAAAACUGGAUCAGGAAAGAGUUCAACAGGAAACACCAUCAUCGGCAACUUUAAGUUUAAUCAAGGUGUGUCCGCUGAGUCUGUUACAAGACAAUGUCAAAGACAUGUGACUGCAGUGGAGGAGGAUAAAAUCAUCUCAGUGAUCGACACUCCAGGACUAUAUGAUACGUCAAUGAGUGAAGAAGAACUGAAGAAAGAGAUUGUGAAGUGCAUCUACAUGUCUGCUCCUGGUCCUCAUGUGUUUCUGCUGGUCAUCAGUCUGGGUGUGAGAUUCACAGAAGAAGAGAAGAAAACAGUGAAAUGGAUCCAGAGAAACUUUGGAGGAAAAGCUUCUCAUCACACCAUCAUUCUGUUCACUCACACUGAUCAUCUGAAGGGGCUUUCAUUAGAUGAAUAUAUCAGUGACAGUAAUGAUCUCAAGGCUCUUGUUAAUGAGUGCGGUGGCAGAUUUCACUCAUUCAACAAUGAAGACAUGAGUAAUCGCUCUCAGGUCACAGAACUGCUGCAGAAGAUUGAUGAAAUGGUGAGGAUCAAUGGAGGACAGCACUACACCAAUGAGAGAUUUCAAGAAGCCCAGAGAAGAAUUGAACGAAAGGCUUCAAAACAACAUCUGAAAGACAAUGUGCAAAAAGCAGUAAAAGUCAUGGGAGGAGUGGUAGCAGUAGGAGGAGCAAUAGCAACAAUAGCAAUGGCAAUAGCAAAAUAAGGGCCAUCAUUUAUCUGAUUGAACAACAAAGGCCAAAUCUUCAUACACUAAUUUCUAAUUCCGUUCUCUAAAAGAUUUGAUGAUAAUAGGAUUUGAGUUUUUUGAGAUUGCCAUGUUCAG